GUGACUCUACCUGCACUGAUUGAGAGUCGCUAGCACUAUUACACUGUUAGUAGAUAAAAAAUCCAAUAAUAUUUCUAUAGUCCCGCUUUUUCUUUUGUAUACUCUAGCCCUUAUAGUUUUUAGCAUCUGGGAGCCAUGAACACGAAGUUACAAUCUGAUUGAAUAAUAUAAUUUAUAAUUAUUAUAAUUAAAAUAAUAUAGUAGAAAUGCUUAGCGCGGGUGCCGCGCGCGUUGAUUUUGUUGUUGAAUUCUCUGAAGCUGCUUUCUAUUUCUACUGUAUAUACACUGACAUUUUUUGAUAACGUUCUAAAUUGGUUCCGUAGUUUCAAUUCGAUAAUAAAUUGCUAUCUCCCUUUUAUAUAUGAAAAAAUGAAUAUAUGAUGAUGAUUAUAAGUGAUGCCGAUAUGAUGAUGAUGAUGAUGAUGAAAUGACGAAGAUUAUGGAUAACUAAAUGCAAAUGUUGCAGGGAUGCAAUUAUUUUUAUUUUUAGAUAUGAUGUAACAAACUUCUAACAAAAAUUAUAAAAAUGAUAAGAAUAACAGCUUUGAAUGAAGUAGUAAAUAUUGAUAAUAAUGAAGAAUAUAAUAAUGCACUCACAAAAGAAGCGCAGGAACAAGUAGCCUUCAAUGAAUAUAAUAGAGCAUUAAGGUUACUUAUCGAAAAUAAUAGAGAGGAGGCUUUAAUUGUUUUAAAAGAACUAAUUGAUACUGAACUUCUCAAUGCAGUAAGGAAACCUCAUUAUCGAGAUGGCCGUUCAAGACCAAUGUUGUCACUUAAAUAUUCUUGUUACAAAAACAUCGCUGAUAUUGAAGCUGACUUCAAAAACUAUCAUGCUGCUAUUCAUAAUUAUUGGGAAGCUGCUCAAUUAGAUGAUUCUGAUGUUAUGCUGUGGUACAAAAUAGGCUGUAUUGCUAUUAAAAUAGCUAAUUUAGAAGUUGCUUGCUUAGCUUUUAAUCAAGGCCUAAAGCAAAAUAAUAAUCAUUGGCCGUGUCUAGAUCAUAUUAUAACUGUGCUGUAUGCUAUUCCAGAUCACAAAAAUUGUCUUUAUUAUAUAUCUAUGGCACUAGAACGUGAUCCCACUUAUAUUAAAGGUCUAGCUUUUUGUAAAGAAAUUUUGAAAAAUGUUCCAGAGCUUAGAGACUCAAUUAUAAGUUCCAAGAAUAGGUGGGUAGUAGAUCUAUUAAGUAUUCAAUAUGAUAAAGUAAUAGCAGAUUCGUUUAUAAAGGAAGCUGUUGUACUUCAACAAAAGUGGAUAACAAUGUCUCAAAUAGAGAUUAUAAAUGAUCCAUCAAAUGAUUUGAAAUUGAGCAGGCCUCUGCCACAACUUUCUUGGUUAGAGUUAGGAAAAAGUCUGACUGAUAUGUAUAACUAUAUUGUAGAUAAUAAAUUGAACUUUAUGUGUCAUAUAUGGUUUGAUAGUCAUGAACAUUUCCAACAAAGUGAUUUAAAUAAUGUUAAGAAAUAUAAUACUAUGGAGAUUGAUACAAUAAAAAUGUCAAAAGAAGCCACAUGCUUACCUAGUAGUUGUGAUGAAAUUAAUUUUAGCAAUUAUUUAUGCUCACAAGAUGAUCUCACAAGACAUGUAUCUGCAAUGAAGGCAGAAGAAAAAGAGAUUCCUAGCAUGGUUAAAAAUACAAAUGAAAUUUUGUACUCAAAAGAUUUUGAAAUAAAUUGUUCUGAUAGUCAAGGUUUAGAUGAAAAUAUUUUGAUUCAUCUAAAUGAAAAUUGUAGUAGAAACAUUAGUAAUGAUAAAACUGAAUUAAGUAUUCAUGAAUCAAGAAAAUUGAACUCUAAACUUGUGGAACAGCUAUAUGAGAACAAUGAAACAAGUAUGAAAUACAAUAUGAAAGAUAAAGUUCAGAAGGUAAAGAAACGUCGAAGAAGUUCUCUUUGCUUUUUAACCCAAUGGGCUUGGAGUUCAAGUAAUACAAAGCGUUCAUCUAGAGCAAGAAAUGUUGGGCGUAAUAAUUAUGAAAAAGAUGGCUUAUUGGAGGAAACACUUCGAAGAAUUUUUCCACCUGCUUUUAUGGCUGAAAAUGUUAAUUUACCAAAAGAAGAACUCUCAAAAAAUGAUGAUUCACUGGAUACCAUAGGUUCAUACUGCUCAGCUGUUGAUAAAGAAAAUAAUUUAGCAGAUGAGACAAAAAGCGCGGAAGAUUCGAAACCAAAUAGUCCAAUUAAUGACAGAUCAUCAAGAUAUUUUGGAUUGGAGUACGAAACUUUUGAUGUCAGUAACUUCAUUAAGGAAUAUAAUAGAAACAAGAAUAUAAUUAUGCUUAUAUCAAAAUUUCAUGAAUUUUUAUCUACAAAAUGGAAUACGAAAUGGUCAGAUGAAUUAAUAGAAGUGUAUAUUCAGUCAUAUCUACUAAUAAGAGAUCAUUUGCCUGAUUUUUCACAAUUCAAUCAAAAUGUCAAGAAUGGUUCCUUGAACUUGGAUGCCGAAAAAACGUUGUUGUUUUGUGAACUUUAUACAGACAAAUGGUUAUUAAAAAAGCCCUGUAUUUUUCCAAUGACAAGUUCGAAUACCUUGGGUAUAGGUAUAUCAUCAGAUGAAUUGGGAUAUCUUAUUUUUCACAGUACUCAAACUGAAUUGUAUGACGAAAAUAAUAUCAUUUUUUUUUUGCGCUUACUUUGGUUACAAGCAAAAAUAUUUUUAUAUCAAGGCGAAGCUGAUAUUUCUAUCAGGACUUUGGAACUAGUAAGUACAUUCUUUUAAAUUUAAAAAAGAUAUCUUUCAUAUUUUAUAUAUUUUACUAGCAUUUAAGACUUCUCUCGCAUGUACUUGCUCAGUUUCAUCAAUUUAAUAUUACUGAACCCUUAGUAACAUUCAAUUAUGAGGAGAUCCGUAUCUGGACAGAUAUGCGAUGACAUAGAACUAGAAAAGUUGUCCUGUAUUUAAAAAAAUGGUACAACUUUGACAAAAAAGUGCAGAGAAACAGAGUUUAGCCCGUGGGAAAGUUAAGGAGAUAAUGCGCUCAGCUGUUCUGUUGGUUCUACGAAAUGUUUCUAGUUUAGUGUGUCGUUUUUUAUAACACUCUCUAUAACAGUCUUUUUUUUACCCCACUGUCAUUCGAGCGCGCUAACGCUAAUUUUCCUGCGCAUACACCCAUCUUGCGCAUUGGCUGAUUGCCGAAUAAGGAUCUUUAAUAAUCAUCAAACGUGAUGAUCGCGGUCAAUCCUACGUUUUAGAAAAAUCCUAGUGCAUGCGAGACUCUAGGUGUUGCGCACCUGUGUUGGGAGGCACAGCGUCGCAAUUGGCAUCCCUUGUAGGGAUUCGCGAUCAUCGAAAGGGAGAGGUAAAGUGUUUUCGCGAGUGUUAGUGUAAAGUGCGCGGAGUGUGAGCGACGAAAAGAUGCGCAGCGGGCCACGAGGCAAGCUGCUGACGUCUUUUCAUGUGGAGAGAGACGGCGAGGAAAGCUCAGCGAUCAGUCGUCAGCUGUUGAAGUCGCACCAUGUUGUGCGAUGAAUCAGAUGACGAAACGGCCGUUCGUAGUGGGACUCGGAGUAGAGCCCAACGAUAAACGUGAUAGCGUGGGAAGCUCUACCGUGUCCCACGAGAUGUGCUGCGACGCGUGCGUUCUAGCGACAGCGAGUCAGCCAACGGCGACGACUGGCAGAAGUACGUCAUAAGCGUCGUCGGCGGGGCUCGCGAGUAAAGCUUUUCGACGAAAGUCGGAAACGAGGAGACUCCUCGGUCUCGUUGUCGAGUGACAAUGAGAGCCAAGAGAGAUCUUCGAGUUUGUGCUCGAGUGAGAGAGACAGUGUGUGUACUGUGAUCGCGAGGUGCGAACGGCCAGGUUACUUGCGGUUGUCCGAAAGGACGAUAGCAAGAAGCGCGGCCUGCGCAACCUCCAGCACAGUCAGUGACGUGGCCGAGAGAGAUGUGUUGCGAGGAGGCUCGGGCUCAAGCAUAGACGUCAGCAUAGACAGCGGCUAUGCGAGCCGAGUGGAGUGUCGAUCGCAGCGAGAGAGACGCUCGUGUGAGAGAGUUGGAAGAAUGCGGACUCACUCUUGAGGAUGCGAGAGCUCGAGUCUUUGAGGAGGAGCUUUCUGUAGCUUGGCGAGAAGCUUACGAGGAAGCCCUCCUGGAAGCUCGAGCGAAGCUGCGGGACGAGUUAGCCACGCUAGAGCAUGAGCGGCGGCUGCAACGAGUCCGUGAGGAGGCGAGGGAGACGGCGCGAGAGCAGGUACGGUUCGAGGCGAUAGAGCAGACGCGUAAAAUGGAGGGAGAGCGAAUAGGGCGAAAGCCAUGUUGCUAGCCCCAGUCAAAACGACUGAUUCAGUUCGCCCAGCUACUCUAGACCAGCUGAGAGGCAGACGUCUGUGUUCACGAGUGAAUUUGGUGACGCGGACAAAGAGUUGCUAGAGCCAGAGCGCCGAAACGGUGCCGACGCCGCGUCUCUUGGGGCAACUCUGGAGGUCGGCCGAGUAUGCAACGGAGCUGUGUGAGCUCGGUGAGGAGUCGGAGGAGGAGAGUGGACAAGGAGAGAAGAGUGCGGAAGAGGAGUCGGAGGAGGAGAGUGAGAGGAGAGAGAAAAGUGCGUCGAGAAAGAGACGGAGACAGAGAGGUUUGCUGAGCAGUGACAGCGAGCUCGAAGUUAACUCGAUCUGCGAGUCUAACUCAGCGAACCUGACAUUAUCCGAACGCCGGAAAAGAUCAGCCGACUCGCUCAGGGCUUUGGAGUUCCUGAAGCAUUGGGAGCUCCAGUUUCGGGCGAGAGUGAUCACGAGGAGGCGGAGGAGUUCUUUGAUCGACUGUGUGAGUGCAGAGUAGCGUUAGCGGUGCAAACCGCGAGCUGCUAGCGGUGUUUCCGUGCAUUUUCAAGUUGCAGGCAAGCCGCUGGUAUCGGGCGAAGAGAAAAGCCUGCGAACAUGAGAGAUGUUCUGCCGGGCCUUUCGUCGCCGAUACAUGGUUCCGUAUUGUCGGGAGGAUUUGGAGAAGAUCUGCGCAAGCGAACGCAGCACAGAGAAGAGAAGAUCGCGGCGUAUAUCGCGAAGUCU